AUGGCCUGGAAACGUCAGCAUUGGACAAGACAGACUGACGAAAUCGCAGGAUCUUGUGGACUCGAUCUCGAUUAUGAACUUGCCAGCGAGCUGCCAACAAUUGACCCUUCGCGACCUCCGCUGUCGCCUGCGCUUUUUCGCCCGAACGCGACGCCAGCAGCUAGUGCAGCUCUGCAAGAACCACGCCUGAUGGAAUUAAUUCUCCUCAAGAUCGACAUGAAGACUCUGCUGUUAUCUCAGCGAGUGUCCAAAUUCUGGCAAACAACUAUCAAGGAGAGCACGAAGCUGCAGAAAAAACUGUACCUCACGCCGGCUACUGUUGAUGAACUCAUCUCACUCGGCAUUGCAGACCACAACAGCGUUUUUGUUGUUCCUCCGAAGGAAGAAUCAACUACAUGCCCACCUACCGACUUCGUCAUGAUCAAUCCCCUCAUCAACGCCAUCACUCUGCCGGACAUGCCUGAUCACGAUGACUCCUUGGUCCGUCUCCGACUGCCCGAAGGUCUUCACCCAUCUCAAUCAUGGAACAAGAUGUUCGCCACUCAGCCUCCUGUCCGUGACCUGAACAUCCGCGAAGUCAUGAGGGAACGUCAGGCGUACGAAYGCAACACUGGCAAGACAUGGGUUGUCCCAGGUCUCGAGCCCGAGAUGCACAUUUGGGUGAAAGGCUACGCUGCCAGUUACGACGCCUUCAAGGACUCAAUCGACAGGAGAGAGAAGCUGAGAACGGAAAUGACUGCCAAGGACGAGAAGUGGGAGGCUGAUGAUGAAGCAAAGAUCAUCAAGCGACGUGCUCAGGUUUUCAACCGCUACCCUGAGAACUACACCAUGUGCAGAUGA